AUGACUGACGUGUGCAGCGCGAGCACGGCAGACCGAGCGGUGCUGGCAGAGAACACCGCCACGGAGAACGUGGGGCUGCCGAUGCGUUCCUGUGCGUUCACGGACGGGCGGCAGAUUGAAGCUGGCCCUUCGGCAUAUCCUUGCAACUGCGGAGGCGUGUCGUGCGUGGCGGGGCAGGCCUGCACGCUGGGGGCCGGCGGCAGCUGCGCCACCAUCACGAGCACCUCCACCGUGACGUCGCUGACCAGCACCACUACUUCCACAUCGGUCACAACCAGCACCACUGCCACUGCGACCUCGCUUACCAGCACUGUCACGACAAUAACAAGCACUUCCACCUCCGUGACGGCGACGGAGACCUCGAUCACCGCCACGGCCACCACGGUGACCAGUACCCGUACCACGCUGACCACCAGCACCAACACGGCCACAUCGACCUCGUUUACCUUCACCGGAACCUCGGUCACGACCACCGCCACGACGGCUACGUCCACGACGAGUACCUUCAGCAGCACUUCUAGCAUCACGAUCACCACUUCCAUCACGUCGACUACCGUGACAUCCACCGUCACUUCCACCACGGGCACAAGCACCACCAGUGCCACCAGCACCACCUCCACCUUCACCGUCACGUCCACCUCCAAGACCACAACUGUCACCUCAACGACCAUCACUUCUACGACGUCAAUGUCGUCUACCACUUCCCAAACAAGCUCCACCACGGCGACUACGUCUACCACAAUCACUGUCACAUCAACCUCAAAAACCAGCACCACCAGUUCCUUGAGCAGCACCACCAGCAUGACGAGCACCAGUGUGACGACCACCAGUGUCACCAGCUCCACCUUGACCACCUCCACCGCGACGUCUGUGACCACCAGCACUGUCACUACGCAGACGACGGUCACCAAUACCUUCACCACCGCCACCAUGAUGACAUCAACAACGGAAACCAUCGUCACGACCACCAGCACGUCGACCUUCUUCCCGCUUCUGACGUGUGGGCCAUGGAACCCCACGGGGGGCCAUGUCCAGGUCACCUGGGACGGCGGCGAAUUCCCCACGCUGCACAACGACGGGAACGGCUGGGAGUGGCGCGUGCACCUGCAAAAGCUGCCGGGCGGAGAAGCGAGUUCUUGGUUCCCCACUGCUCGGACAUCAUCAAGACCACCUGCGACAUCUACUGUUUGGACCCAGACUCCACGUACCAAGUCCGUGUGGAGUUGGCGCGGACCAUCCCCGACGUCGUCACCCACGAGCUCUUCGCUGACGAGGUCAUCGUGCCGCCCGCCCGGGCAGACCCCCCGCAGGAGACCUCGUGGUGACGCAGCAGACCGCCGACUCCCUGGCCAUCUCAUGGAGCCCGGCACCGGAACAGGAGGCACCUGCUCCUUUCGCUCCUGGCAAGUGGAGAUCAGAGACCCGUCGGGCAGCUGGGAGCAGGAAGAUCCGCCGGCGUGCAACGGGCUCUCGUCCUUCGGUGUCACGAGCUGUACCAUCGCGAACCUGGCCUGCCAGACCGGCUACAUCAUCCAGGUGCGCCAGCAGUGCCAGCGCGAUGCCGCCACUUCGGACUGGAGUCGGCCAGUCAGCGGCAGCACGCUGGCUACGGUGGGGCCCAAUUGCCUGCAGCCGGCAGGGCAGCCGACUGCGCUGACGGCAACGGAGUCCCCGUCCACUUCCGACGAGCUGACCCUGUCCUGGAUAGCUGGCGCCCAGCAGGACUCCCAGUUCCUGAACUGGCACGUGGAGCUCUACCGGACCACCUUCGUUGCUGGCCAGCCGGACCCCAGCCAGGAGCAGCAGCAGACGGUGUGCCCAGGCAUGUUGGACCGAUCCACUACGUCGUGCACGUCCUCAGGAUUGGCCCACGGGGAGUACAGCUUUGCGAUCCAGGAGCGAUCCUCCAUGCCGUCCACCAGUUCGGCGCUGUCGGCCCGCAGCGUCACGAUUUGGGUCCCGAGGCGUCCGGCGCAGCCGCCCAGCAACGUGGCCCUGUCCGCGGCGGCGGAGGGUCCCGACGCGGGGGCUCGCAUCUCCUGGGCAAACGGCGACCUUCAGGACUGCGUCUUCCUUCGGACCAAGGUGGAGGUUUAUGACGGCGCCGCUUGGACCGAGCCAGAGGGCUGCCGCUUCGUGACCAGCGUCUCCGCCACCAGCUGUGUGGCCACAGGCCUUCAGUCCAACACGGCCUACGUGGCCCGAGCGUCGGUCAUCUGCGACGAGUGCUCCAAUACCCCGCCGGGGCAGCGCGUGCCCUGCGACAACGCGGAGACACUGCAGACAGCAGAUGCGAAGUGCCCGAAGCAGGAGGAGGAACCACCUGCUUCAAGAAGUUGGCGGCAUUCAGGUCCGGCAGCGCUCUGA